AAGAGACCAGUUACCGUUAAACUGGAAAGUAGCAGCAGAAGAAGAAGAAAAACGGCGAAGAAGAAGCAGCAACAACAACAACAACAACACCGGAACUGAACCGUAUCGUAAACUGGAAGUUCUUUCAUUUUAGCUGAAGAACGUAAAAUGUGUACUUGUUUCCCCUCCUCGGCGUCUGUCUCAGGACUAUAAGCAUCCAACCGACGGCCUGCGUCGAGACAUUGGCCACGUAUGUGUUUAGCUUCCACAGCGCAGCCAACAAAACAAGGAAAUACAGCCCAUCGGUUGGAGCAGAGGCAGUGAGCAGGAGGCACAGGGAUUGGACAUCCCUCGCUACAACCGGGCCCUGAGAUGACAUCACAGCAACCACAGUUUCCAAAUCCUGUUGUUCCUCCCCAGCUUGCCCAGAAUUCCUCUGCUCAGCAGGACCGGCCUCACAUUCAGGGUAAUCAGCUGGACUCUAGUCAGAGCAAUGCUAUCGCUGGCCCUCUCGAACACAGAGCAUUGACAAGCAGACAGGGGAGCUCCGCUGUGCCAACAGCCAGCGGAGAGGUGCACAACAGGAACAUAAGCAGGUGCACCAACUCCAGCUCGUCAAGAAGGGACGGCUGCUUCGAACCGUGGCCUGAGGAAGCAGUGGACAACUCCCAUGGGCUCUACUCCCUCCACCGCAUGUUCGACAUAGUUGGAGCCCAGUUAACGCAUCGGGAUGUCAGGGUCCUGUCAUUUCUGUUUGUUGACGUUAUUGACGAGUACGAGCGCGGUGGAAUCAGGAAUGGAAGGGAUUUCCUUCUUGCAUUGGAGCGCCAAGGUCGCUGCGAUGAGACCAACUUCCGACAUGUUCUUCAGCUUCUAAGGAUCAUCACCCGCCACGACCUGUUACCUUAUGUCACACUCAAGAAACGGCAGGCUGUGUGCCCAGACCCAGUUGACCAGUACCUGGAGGAGACAUCUGUGCGUUACAUUUCACCCAGAGGAACAAUGCAGAGCAACGACACAGUGCAUUACAGGAGAACAGGUCCUCGUCCAGUCAUUUGCUGUUCUUCGUCAGGACCCCAUGUUGGCCCUUCCCGGACAAAGCCAGCUCCCCCUGUUUCAAACCGCAAACGGAAGAGAAGUCAUACCUCAACUGACUGCAGAGAGAAGGAAACUUGUGAUAUCCGUCUCCGUGUUCGUGCAGAAUACUGCCAGCAUGAGUCUGCACUUCAGGGCAAUGUGUUCUCUAACAAGCAAGAAGCAGUGGAGCGACAGUUUGAGCGCUUCAACCAGGCUAACACUAUUCUGAAAUCCAGAGACUUGGGCUCAAUCAUCUGUGAUAUCAAGUUCUCUGAACUCACCUACUUGGAUGCCUUCUGGAGGGACUACAUCAACGGAUCAUUGCUAGAAGCUCUUAAAGGGGUCUUCAUCACAGAUUCCCUGAAACAGGCCGUGGGCCACGAGGCUAUUAAGCUGUUGGUUAACGUUGAUGAGGAGGACUACCAGGCCGGUCGACGCAAGCUGCUACGUAACCUGGUCACUAGCGCUGGGAGCCCCCCAGGAGCCAGCAAGUACACCGUAUCUUAGACCCCCAUGUGGACGAACUGCUCCUUUGAGGCGGGGUUGUGUUGUUUGAGGUGCCUGAACUGUGCCUGAAAGGAACUGAAGAAUUUCCAGCUGCUCCAUAAACUCGUACCACUUGGCAUCCUUAAGCGUAGCACGCAAACUAAUUGGAAGCCACACUAGCGUCAAGAAGUAGGCGUCGUACAGGUCGGAGUUUUUUACGUUUCAUUUUCUUCGGGAGGCUGAUCUGUCAUAUGCAUCGACUUUGUCUAAUUUCUUCUUGUACAUUAGUUUGAAACAUGAAACAUUUUGUUAAAUGUAAAGUUGCUCCUGUUUUCAAGUGGAGUUAAUUUCAGUAUGGGGAAAACUAAAUGCUGACAAGUUACUUCCACCUGAAGUAAGACCUUGAAGUCCAACUGCUCCACCUUUACAGGUUUCAGGUACAUCAGACCUUCUGGAGUUUCCCACCUUGAGAUUGUGUGUUGUAGGAUUAUCAGUCCAUAGUUGAGUAGUCUUAUGUGUCGGCUGAAAGCUGUCAUUGUGUUCUGCCUUUUUUAAAACAAAUUCCCACAAGCAACUGUAAUUCAGGUUUUACGAUUAUUUCACAACUUGUUCUUCUCCCAUGAAUCAUUGUAAUUCAAGGAGGUUUUAAAUGAUUUCAGCUCUAAUUGUACUCGUCUUGUUUCUCAGCAGCAUCUUUCAGCUUUGAACCAGCUUCAGUCCAUCCUCAAGUAAAACAUGCUUCAGGUGUACAGCUUCACAUUCGCAGCCUUCAAGCGUUUUCCUGCUGCUACACACACGUGCAUGAUGUGUGCACAUAUAAUCAAAGUUUCCCCCAACGAUGAGAAUUACAACACAUCAGUUAAUACUUGAUAAAAUUAACUUUCUGGAAGCUUAAAAGCUUCUUGCAUCAUGAUGGUUGUGUGGGUUUCAUGGAAUUGUUCAGCUGUCGUGUUCAGGUCCUGAGAUGCUGCUGGUCGGUUAGUCGUUUCCUUCCUAGAGUUUCAAAGCGUCUCAGAACAUUUUUUUGUAUAACUGAACCCGGCUGCCAUCAUUUUCCCCACUGCAGCCAUCAGACGGUUCUGAGUAAAUCUGGCUUUUUUUCCACAGCUUCUCUGCUUUGUGUCCUUUUACAUUAGAGCAGGUAAAGGUUUGAUCCAACACCUGGUUCUUUUCCCAUGACUAGCAAUGCGUUGGUUGUUUAUGUUGGUGAGCGAUGACCAAUGACGUCCAUAUUGGACAGUGCUUCGUAUUUUGGUUGUGCGUACGAGUGUGGCAGCUAUGAGCGUGUUGAUGGUUGUUGGUACAGGCGUGGCAGUCGCCAUCCUGACGUACCAGGGCUCACAACUCUCAGAUUAAUAUCCGGUGUCCUUUGAGACGUUACCAACGCUGCCGGUCACAAAUGUCCCAAAAUCUGCUGCUCGCAGGGAAUUACUCACUUUCCAUUAUGAUAUUUUUUUAACCUAUAAAUGUGCAACUUUCUUUUUGCUGAAUAUCAAGUUUCUGUUUAGAUCACCUGAUUGGAUUUAAGCUUUUGUUUUCCCCAUUACAAACUGAAUGAAAGCCGUUUAGGGUGAAGGCUGUGGUCAUGAUGAUCGACAGGCCACCGUUACUGUGAAUUACAGAGUCAGCCUGCGUUUAUGUUUUUAUCUCAGUGGAGAUUCCGGUAAAGGUUCAUUUGGAAUCUGUUCUACAGGUUGGUGUACGUUUUGUUUCUGUUAGUCGUUCAAUGCACACGUCUUUUAAUUCGAAUUGCAUGUAACCUGUUCUGAUCUCCAGAAAUGUAAUAGAAGCUCAGUGUUAACAUUUUGUACAUAGAUCAGUUGGAUGUCAGCUUUUCCUACUUUGGUUUUUUAUUUGUUUCAGGAAUCUAAAAAGUAGGACUGUUAAUAAAUGAGCCUGUUUCUUGCUGAAGUCCAACAACUUCUGUGACACAGAUGUUUUUGUUGAGCCCCAGGCAUCACAUGCCUUCGUUUUCCAACACAUCCUCAUUUUCCUCACUCUAGUUUCUUCUGUCACAAUCGACACGAGCGCAAGAUGAUCUAGAUGAGAACAGGCCUGUGGCACCGGCUUGGUCUGGGCCGGCGUGUUACUGUGAACCGUCCCAUGCUCUCAUGAUGUGUACAAGGACAGUACUGGUGGUUAGUCUUAUUAACGUGUUGACCAAAAAAUGUAAACUCUUUCUAUACAGUACAGAUUCUCUGCAGUUAGUUAAUUUAUUAUCACUGACCUAACCCUACAGCAGGUCUGCUGGUAGUAUGAUCCAGCUUUGUACAAAAUAGAUUAAACUCACAUAAAAACC